AUGCUACCUGUGACUCAAGAUGAAACUUUGAAAAAAUUGAAGAAUAAAGAACGUCUGGUCCCCGCUUUUCUUAGUGUCAAGGGACUAGUAAAGUUGCACAUCGACUCCUUCAACCACUUUAUUGAAACUGAAAUUAGGAACAUUGUACAGGCAAAUAGCAGAGUGAGUGUGCCAUCUGCCAAUUGGUGGCUUGAAUACAAUAAUGUUUACCUGAAGCCCCCAACCGUCAAUGACGGAAGCGUCGUUGCCAGCCGAGUAACACCUCACGAUUGCCGUCUGCGGGACUUAACGUACGCCGGUGAAAUUUUAGUUGAUAUCACUUUUACGCGCCAGCAUGAAAUUGUCUCGAAAAAAGGUGUUCUUAUAGGCCGGAUGCCCCUCAUGCUCAAGAGUUCUGCGUGUGUACUGAAUGGCAAGUCUGCAUUUGAACUAAUGAAAAUGAAAGAAUGUCCACUGGAUCCUGGUGGAUAUUUUAUCAUCAAUGGCAGUGAAAAAGUGAUCCUGAUGCAGGAACAAAUGUCUAAGAAUAGGAUUAUUGUAGAGGGUGACACAAAAAAGGGAUUGAUCUGCUCCGUAACUUCGUCAUCAGCACAGACAAAAUCGAAAACAAAUAUAUUGCUUAAGGAUGGUCGUCUUUUCCUGCAGCAUAAUUCAUUCACCGUGGAUGUACCGAUAGUCAUCCUUAUUAAGGCAAUGGGCAUAACAUCAGACAAAGAAAUUCUUCGAUCUGUUGGCCGCGAAGAAGCCAUCUGGGCAAAAGUUGUACCCUCAUUGAAACAGUGCAUUGAAGCAAAGGUACAUACAACGUUGGAGGCUUGUAAAUGGCUUCAAUCCAAACUCCGCAUGCCCCGUUUUCGCACCGUACGAAUUGGCCCUGCUGGUGGGAAAUCCGGCAGCGACAUAACUGACCGCGACGUUCAAGCAGACAUCCAACGAAUGCUCCGGGAUAUCAUUAUUACUCAUAUCCCAAUGGAAAAAAUGAACUUUGAGGACCGCGUUCUCUUUCUCGGUCAAAUGAUCCGAUAUCUCAUAAUGCUUGCAGAUGGCAAAAUUCCCCCAGAUGACCGUGACUUUUACGGGAACAAACGAGUUGAGCUCGCUGGAUCCUUGAUAGCCCUGCUAUUCGAGGACAUUUUUAAGACCUUUAAUGAGGACCUCUGGCUGACAGUCUCAAAGUUGGACACAAAAAGACGUGUUGCACCUUUCGACAUAUCGCGUCACAUUAAAACGUGGCUCAUUACUGACCAGUUAAACCGGGCUAUCUCUACGGGCAAUUGGGUUAUCAAGAGGUUUCGGAUGAUGAGGCAGGGAGUUACUCAGUUGGUCAGUAGAUUGUCCUAUGUGGCCGCUCUUGGGCACAUGACUCGUGUUACAAGCCAGUUUGAGAAAACGAGAAAGAUAGCCGGUCCUCGUGCCAUCCACUCAAGUCAGUGGGGCCUGGUGUGCCCUUCAGACACCCCCGAAGGGGAGGCCUGCGGUUUGGUUAAGAACGUCUCUCUUAUGUGCCACAUCACCGUUGAAGUGGACGAUAAGAACCUCAUCCAGCUGAUCAAGAGUUAUCAUGUCUACCCACUGCGUGAAUUUUCUUACGGCGCAAAUGAAUACAUUGUCUACGUGAAUGGCAAGCCAAUCGGGUUUACAGAAGAACCGGAGGAACUAGCUGCAGUGAUUCGCGGUCUCCGACGAGCACGCUACAUCCACGAAUUCGUCUCGGUUCACUGCAAACCGGUGCUUCGCUGCGUCCACGUAGUCAGCGACGGUGGUCGUCUUUGCAGGCCCUACAUCAUUGUCUCAAAGGGUAAACCCCUGGUCACGCAGGACAUGCUUGAUGACCUGGCAGCCAAGGUCUUGAGUUGGGAGGACUUUCUAAAAAAGGGUGUAAUUGAGUACCUCGAUUCGAAUGAAUUAAAUGACUGCUUGAUCGCCAUGGACGAGGCAGAUAUCACAGCCCAAACCACACACAUGGAAAUCGAUCCCGCCACCAUCCUUGGGGUUGUUGCAGGACUGAUACCCUAUCCGCAUCACAACCAGUCUCCAAGAAACACGUAUCAAUGUGCUAUGGGCAAGCAAGCCAUGGGCACCGUCGCCCUUAACCAACAAAUUAGGCACGUACUCAGAUUCGACACCCUCCAGCUCCAGAUGGUCUACCCACAGCGUCCGUUGGUUCAAUCAAAAACCAUCCAGAUGUUACAUUUCGAUCAGUUGCCCGCAGGGCAAAACGCCAUCGUGGCUAUCAUGUCCUACUCUGGCUACGAUGUAGAAGACGCUCUGAUUGUAAACAAGGCCUCACUUGAUCGAGGCUUCGCUAGAGCAUGUGUCUACCGAAGGAUCGGGCUUCAUCUCAAAAUGCACGAAAGCGGAGUCUACGACCGCUUAAUGGGCCCUGUUAUCGAUCGUGAGACGGGAAAACCGCGCCGUGAGGACGAGGUCUUGGAAGCCGAUGGUACGGCAGCUGUUGGGGCUUGUGUGCAAAAUCAACGGAUCGUCAUCAAUAAGGAAAUGCCCGCCGUGAAGGUCUCCUCCGCGGCCGAAGCUAAUGCUGGACAAUUAGGCCUGCACUCGGCCACACCAGCUAAUGCGAUCGAAUUUAAACGAUGCCCGGCCGAAUACCGUGGGAUCGAGCCCUCAUACGUGGACAAAGUCAUGUUCUCGACCUCUGAGGGCAACCAGGCUGUUGUCAAAGUACUUCUUCGGCAAACUCGUCGUCCAGAAGUCGGUGAUAAAUUUUCUUCUCGUCACGGCCAGAAAGGUGUUGUCGGCUUAAUUGUCCCUCAAGCUGACAUGCCUGUUUCACCACAAGGGAUCUGUCCCGACAUUAUUAUGAAUCCCCACGGAUUCCCUAGUCGAAUGACGGUAGGCAAGUUGAUGGAACUCCUGGGCAGCAAAGCUGCUGCAGUUGACGGGAGACUUAGAGAUGGUUCGGCAUUCUCAGGAGAUCCAGUGGAGUCCCUCAGUGAAGUACUCGCUGAACAUGGCCACCACUACCUAGGGAAGGAGAUUCUCAUAUCAGGAGUAACAGGAGAGCCUCUCGAAGCGUACAUCUACUUUGGACCUAUUUACUACCAGCGCCUCAAACAUAUGGUGGUAGACAAGGUUCACGCUCGCUCUCGUGGCCCAGUUACAGCUUUAACUCGUCAGCCUACUGAGGGUCGAAGUCGUGAGGGCGGUCUACGGGUCGGUGAGAUGGAGCGAGAUUGCUUUAUAGCUUAUGGGGCAUCGCAGCUGCUUCUAGAACGCCUGCUAACCUCCAGCGACGCAUACGACGCUGUUGUGUGUGAGGGCUGUGGUCUUCUCGCAUCUUCACGCAGCUGGUGUCAGUACUGCAGAAGUAGCAGUCAACGUAUUUCCAGUGUCUGUAUGCCCUACGCCUGCAAACUGCUCCUGCAGGAGUUAAUGUGCAUGCGGAUCCUACCCCGGCUACAACUAGCGGCCCCCAGUGAAUCGGCGUUACAACUCCACACUUCCCAAUUUGCAAAGGUCCACACCAAACGAUAA